GCACCUUUCGGGCAUCCUCCUUUUUUCUCCGCAGUCCGCCCUUGUGUAUAAUUUGUAAGAUAGCCCUGUUGACCGCUUCAAUCCACCUGUGACCACCUGCCAGUCAACAUGGGUCUCAAAAUUGUGCUGGUCAUCUGCUUACUGGGUUGCUUUUUCGUCCCAUGCACCUUUGGCAAAAGUUUUGCCGACGUGAUUCGCGGCCUGCCCAGCAAAUUCGAAGAAUCGGAGCAGAGUCGCGCCCUAGCAUGGUCGAGUCUGAAGCAGUCGACGCCAAGGGGUCUGUUGCCUUUCUACAUGAUCGCCGAGUAUAUCAUUGACUCUUACUCCGGCGGCGGCCUCCGCCAAAAGUUCCAGGCUCUGCAGCAAUCAUGCUCUGUGCGCGCCCUGGGCGUGUUGAUCAUCCCAGUGCUGCUUGCCAUUGUGGUGGCGGUGGCCAUCAUCGUCCUGCAGGUCGUCAACAUCAUCCUCACGGCGCUCGUCCUGGCCACCAACUUCGGCUUGAGAUUAACCGGCAAGCAGAACUUUGGUCUCUUCAGGGUCGCCAAUGAAACCACUGAAGAGUACGAGCAGUGCAAUUCGCAGUUGCUUAGACUUAUCAGACAUGACUGUGCUUAUCAAGCUCGUGACCUCACAAUGGUGCCUCUUGGUGAAAAGGAGUAUUACUUCUCCCACAGCUCCAUCAAGUUGCGUUGGGAUGACGCUCAGAACUUCUGCCGUUCUCGUUGCCAGCAGCUUGUGAGCGUUGAGGACCCGAUUGAGGAAGGAGAACUUUUCAGUCAUUUGAUGACCAUGGCUGAUGACGGUGGCGAAAUCGAGCCGUUCUGGACAUCUGGCUCGUACAAGAAUGGCAAGUACAAGUGGCUGGCGACCGGUCGCGAUUUCGGCUACAUCAAUUUGGCGCCGCCCCGCAUGCACACCCGCGGCCGACAGGUGGACUCGAGCUGCGUCGGAAUGGCCACGGUGAAGAACGAGACGGCGUGGAUCGGCGCUCCGUGCGAGCAGAUGAGUCGCUUCAUUUGCGAAAAGCCACUGCAGUUGGCUUACAGGGACCACUUCCUGUACGAGCAGAUGCGCAAGGAGGAGAUUGAGGAGGAGUCGGCGGUCGAGACGACCACCGCUGCCCCAGAGUCCAGCACCAUCCCCGUGCCAUCCGCCAUCGAGGAAAAGUUCAACGAAAUCAGACGCCGUUUCACCGAAAUCCGGAAACGACAGGGUUGAAAUGUGACUUUUUCAAAGGGGGUUUGGGUGGGUCGGCCAGUAAUAACAAAGGGACGAGCCGAUUUCAGGGCUUUUCAAUUGAUCAUAUUUGAAUCACAUUUUAAUUUAUUGCACACGGAGUUCUGUGCUGGAAAAUAUAUUAGUCACGAAACUGCAUUUUAAUUCUCUCGUGCGUCGUACCAACGAGAUUGAUAUAAUCAAACACUGGUUUUGAACCAACUGAUAUUUUUUGCAAUUUUAAAGCAAACGGCGCUGGGAACAAGUACUAAAAAAACCCAGCUCAAGAUUACUAACCUAGGAUCGUAGUAACUUAUUAUAUUAAUUUAUUGAAAAUGAAUUAUCAUGUACCAAGAAUAAAGCAUAAAAUGCCAUUAUUUAUUGAAAAA